AUGGCAGAGCCGACAGAACCCAAACCCGGCGAAAACGCCAAUAUGGCGGCUGAAUCAAAUGCGCCAGCUCCCCAGCCUUCACCGAAGACGGAGCAACCGUCAGAACAAACCAACCUGCCAGUACCAGAGUCGGAUCAAAUCUCAGUUCCGGCCAGCGAGCCUCAUCCUGAACCCCAACCGCAGCCGCAACCGCAACCGCCACCGCAACCUGAACCCUCGUAUGAGCUUCAAGACCUACCAGCUCAACCGGAAAUAGAGACAAAUGAACAAGCAAGCGUCCCCAAUCCACCAGCGGACACCAAUGAGACUACGCCCGCGCCAAAUACCGCCGCGCUCUCUAUCGAGUCCACGCUCCCACCAAUAGACCAUUCUCUCCCCGCAAUGGAUACAUCUCAUUCAAUGAUGUCGUUCGAUUCAGCAUUUCAAUCAGUGAACUCUACCAACGAGCACGAUUUGACGCUCCCGGCAAUUGACACGACCUUGCCCACAUUUGACUCCGCCCUGCCAGCGAUCGGGACCGAUAUUCCUACAAUGGACGAUGAUCAUACAUUCGGAGAAAACCAUUUCGACACACACGACUCUCACUCUGGGUCCGUAGAACCGGGGCAUAGCGGGCCUGGAUCUAUGAAUGGAUCGACACCCUACGACCCGUCUCCCAAUGGCUACCAGUAUGGGCACAAUCCAGAUCCUCCUCAGCAGUCAGAUGGACAUCACCCACCUCCCCAGGCGCACUCCCAGCAUCAAUUUCAAGCACAACCCCAGCCACAGCAGAGCUAUCAGCACCAGGGCUCUGAUAUGUACUCCGGCUUCUCAUCGGUGAAUUCAAACUCUGGAAAUAACGGUCAGGGGCAGCCGGGACAGAUGCCACAAGCACCAAUUGGGUCGCCUAUGCCUCCCAUGUCAUCUAUGGGCCAGUACAUGACUGGAUAUCCAUCCAAUGUCUCGCAGCAGGGUAUGAACUCGAACAUGCAGAUGCGGUAUCCGCUUCCAGGAGAUCCUAAUGAUGUGCUUUCAGGGGGACGACACCACAAAAAAGAAGUCAAGCGACGAACAAAAACUGGUUGUUUGACUUGUCGUAAGCGAAGAAUUAAGUGCGACGAAGGCCAUCCAGUUUGCAGAAAUUGCGUGAAAAGUAAGCGCGAGUGUUUAGGUUACGACCCGGUGUUUCGGCCUACAGCAUCAGCCCCCUCGGCCAUUCAACCUGCUCCAAAUCCUCCUCCAUCCUUGGUUGUGAACCCCCAAGGCCCUCCUGCUGUAGCUGCGCCUUUGUAUCCUUCCGCCCCUCCUGGAUACAUGCCCGCUUCUUCACAACCAUUUGCGCCAUCCCUCCAAUCCGAAUCACCCAGCACCUCAACAGAUCAUCAACCAGAUCACAGAGCUUCCGUCGAUACGCCCAUCGGACAAACACACACACAAGCUCCUAUCACAAUGCAAGCAUCACAUGAGCAACGGCCUCAGAGCUCGGAGCCAUUCCACAAAGCGAAAAACCUUCAUGUUAGUGACUUAAUCGCUUUGAGAGGAAUUGCUCCUCCCGGUCCUCAUCCCGUCGGAAAUCUCCCCCCAGGCCGGCUCGAAGAAAUCCAGGCUGUAUUCCUGGCCACAUACGCACCUGCUAUCGAUAAGCUCCUGGAAGUUCGGUGGUAUUCCGAGAAGGCACUUCAGGUCCUUAUGGCAGACAACCAGCUUAUGGCCGACUACUCUGCAUUGAUCAAUGCUUUCAACGACUGGAAUCUCAGUGAUGGCAACACGCUUGCUCGCCUAGAGAGCUUCGAGGCUUCAAUCAUUUGGAGAAGUAUGGUGCUCUGUCGUCAAGUACCGUCGGCAGAAAACGGGCAAUACGGGCAAGACUGGAACUUGCGUGCUACAUGUGCACGUUUGGAUGCGAUGGAAGCCCUCCUGACCUGGAACUACCUGGAUUCAAAUCAUUUAUCUCGGACUCUUGGCAUGGAAGCUGCCAACCCACCCAACCCGCCUGAUCAGUUCAUGCAGCGACAAUUGGACUUUUGGGGCGAGCUUGGGGAGUUCCUCACCCUCCACGAUAAUGAAGCUAGCUCGGCGAAGGAGAUUGACGAUACCCUUGGCCGUUGUCGUCAUUUAUUAGAUACAUACGAAAACCGCGAUAUCAUUUACUCCAUCGCCAUUGCCCGACACUUGGGUCAGCGCUGGGCUGACUUCCCCAACAGUUUGCCCAAGCUUGGGUACACCAAUGAGAAGGAAUCCGGCACCAAGCUCUUCGUUGCGCAGAAGUUCAUUGAAGAAGAAGCGGAGGGCAAGGGCACCACCCAGAUCUACAAGCGCAUCUGUUGCAUGGCGGUUCGCUCAUGGUGGGCUGCUCGGGAGUGA